GGGGGGGGGAAGAAACGACUGAGUCACUUCACUGGGAGCCAGUCAGUGACGUAGCUCAAGCUGCCCCUCCGUCCCCUCCAGUCCGCUCGGAGCCACCGGAGCAGUAGCAGCUCCGCGCCGCCUGCUCCCUUGUCACUCGCUCCUCAGCAGCGGCAGCAACUCCGCCGCCGCCACCACCACCACCACUAAACCAGCCACUACCACCACUCACCCGCCCCCCACCACCACCACAGCGACUGGAGAGCAACCAGCUGCCGCUUCUCAACACCUCCAGUGUCUCCCCUAGUCAGGAAUCCUACACCAGCUCCCCACACAGCUCACUCACUCCUCCAGUUACCCUCAUCUGCCCAACAUGGGAAUAUAACGAUCAGCUUUUAUUUUAAUUCAAAAAAAAGAGGAAUUUCGACUCAAUUUUUUUUCUAGUCCCUGCCCUCAAUUCUCCUUCAAAUUAAUGGUGAUCAUCAAACCCUGAGAAUUCUCAAGAGCAGACCUGUGACCAAACUACAUUUUGCCAUGAGUGGAAUUCUGAAAAGGAAGUUUGAAGAAGUGGAGGAUGAUCCCUGUUACUCCUCAUCUUCACCAUCAUCCUCUUCCUCCUCCUCCUCUUCAUCAUCCUCCCCUGCUACUUCAUCUUGCUCAUUAUCCACCAGCUGGGACACGGAUGAUGACAGCUCCUGUGAUGAAACAUGGCCAACCAAAAAUAAAACAGCUUUCCCCUCAACACCAUUUACCCCUGUCCCCAUCCUGAAGAGAACUAAACGCAUGAGAAAGAACAACGUCCAAUUUGACCGUGUUGUCGUGUUCUAUUUUGCGCGGUGUCAGGGGUUCACUAGUGUUCCAAGUCAGGGAGGCUGCACACUAGGGAUGGCCAACAAGCACAGUUCAUGCAGGCAGUACACGCUCGCAGAGUUUGCCAAAGAGCAAGAGCUCAUUCGCUGGAAAAAAAUCAAAGAACUUUUGAAAGAACAGAAGCUGGAUUCGUUAAGACUGCAGUUGACAAAGAAUGGUACUGCUGACUCAGAACAAGCUGACCAGCUCACUGUGGAUGACAUCUUGGAUGAAGAUAUUGAUGUGAGUGAAGUGGAGCUUGACAGCAGCUUCUUUCCCCAGCCGUACCCAGCUAAGAAGAGGCACAUGCUACUGAAAGCGGCUGGAGUGAAGAAAAUCGACCGAGAGGAAAAGCGGGAGUUGAAUGCAAUCAGGAUGUCACGUGAGGACUGUGGUUGUGAUUGUAAGGGAUUCUGUGAACCAGAGACUUGUAGCUGUAGCCUAGCUGGAAUUAAAUGCCAAAUGGACCGGAUGUCUUUCCCCUGUGGUUGUACAAAGGAUGGUUGUGGUAACACAAUGGGGAGGAUAGAGUUCAACUCUGCCAGAGUGCAGACGCAUUUCAUCCACACCAUCAUGAAGCUGGACUUGGAGCAAAGACAAUCAAAUGGUGAAAAUAAGAAUGGAGAGUCAGACAUGGCACACUUGGAAAAUCCCCAGCACUAUGGAUACUCAGCAGACAAGGCCACGUUCCAGGACAGAAGUGCUUCCUUAAUGCCAGCCUUUCCUUUCAGUGAAGAGUCAGAUGACAGUGAGGAUAACAGCUGUAGCAGUGACAUGACUGACUCCAGUUUGUCAAAUUACAGCGAGGAGGUGGAUGAGGGAAGCAAUGACCACUUCUUGGAUAAUGCACCGCAGUCUCAUCAAACAGCAGACAUUGAUGACGACGGACUGACCCGAAUACUCCAUUUUAAUGAUUCUGAUAACGAGUGUGGUAAUGACGCUGACAACCAGGAUGGCUUCCCUUACUUUAACCCAUCUGAUUUUUUUUGUGAGACUGGUGACCAGCACUCUGGUGUGGAAAGCUUUAAAUUCAACACUGAGUACUAUACUAAUCACUUGCCCACCUUGGACGAGAAUGCCAAUCAGGAGGGAAGUUUUCCCCUGGGUGAUGUAGCUCCGACACAGAGCAGUAACCAUGUCUACCCACCUGCUCACUGCGUGGAGCAGGCUCCGAAAAGUUACACUGACCUCAGCCUUUCGACUGACUGCUUUGAAUUUUUCCAGUCGUUCUCAGAGUUCAACUAUGGAUCAUUUCACAAUCCACAGAAGGACCAUGAAAGCAUGGACAAUUGUCCAACGCUACAGUUUCAGUUCCCUGGCUUUCCCAGUUUCUCCCAGGCUGCUGACCCAGGUAGCUGUUUCCUAGAGUCUCUGAUUGGUCUGGCUGAGCCAAUCACAGCUGAUUCAUUCCCAGAGCCCCCUACACCUUUCCCAGACAGUCAGCAUCUUGAAGAAGCCAUCAAAACAUCCAUUAUGGAAACUGUGAAGGUUUAACUUCAGAUUAUUGAAGUGACUAGUUUCAAAUUUCUUUGUUUCUUUUCGAAGAUAAUUGACAGAUAUCUUUGUGAAAUGACUGAUGUAUUUGGGGGGAAGGGGAUGCAGAACUAAUUGAAAUCAUAAGUCAAGGAAUCAUUCUGCAGUAAUUAGCCUUCAGUUGUAUUAAUCGAGGAUCCAGUGAGGCUACAAAUGUCAAAAUGAUUCUUCAACUUGAAGAAGUGGGAGUGAUACUCCCAAGUAUCAAUUGGUAAUGUUUUGUAUGAAAGAGCUAUAUAUUGUUUAAAUCCAAAAGAUAAUUGGAUCUUGAGUGUGUUGUAAUAGUGAUGCAUCAAUGCCGAAUCUCGGUGGUAAUUUAGUGAAGAGCAACGCAGAGAUGACGACUUACUAAUUACACUUAAAGUGGAAAUGAAACAAGUCUAAAUCUGUUUGGCUUAUCAAUGGACAUCUGGCAGCUGAAAUCAUUUGUACAAUAAUGUCUUUGUGACCAAUCUAUUCAAAGAAUCAUGCUGUUUCCUUCAGCCCUGAUUACUAUCUUGUACUAUGUGAUUUUUCUUUUGCACCCCAGCUUGAAUUGUAAAAGCAACUACCCAUGCUAGGCUACAAUUCCAUGUUGCUGUUUGACCUUUGUAACCUCAUUCCAAUUCUGUAUUAGAUGAACCUGUGCAGUGGAUGACUGCCAGUUGGUUAAGCAGCCAAGCCUAAUGCCACAUUCUUACUCCAUUGCAGCUACACACCCUUGGGGUUUCAAGAUCACAGUUGAGUGGGUGCUGUAUCACAUACAGAUUGAAGCUUACGGGAGUGCCACUGUCAUUACCUUCAGCCUGAUCCAAUUAGCUGAAUGUAAAUCAGCCAAACAACCUGGAAUGCUCCUGGUGUUGAUGUUUCAAUAUUGUUAAAGUACAUUGUUCUAACGCCCCAUAAGGUAAUCCCCAUAAUCUUAUAUCGUGGUAUGUUUGAAGUAAGCCUUAUGGUUUAGUUAUAGUCAUUUAUAGCAGAUGAGUUAUUUUUCAAACUGUGAAACUUGCCCCUUUUAUCUCAACGGGAGCAAUAGUUGAGAUUAUCCAGUAAAAUUGACUAAUGAGAUUAAAUCGAGCUGUAGUUCUGGGACAAUGUAGCAUGUUUAAUGUAUUCAAAUAUUCCAAGAUCCUUCACAGUAGGAUUAUCAUUUAAAAUUUGACAGCCACAUAAGGACAUAAUCUAUAUUGAUCAGGUUGAUCUAUAUCUGUGUGAAAGAAGGAAGUCUUGAUUCUAAAGGAUGUUGCUGUAAGAAUAGGAGAGAGCAUGUUACAAAGGUUUAAGGAGAACAUUCUAGAGAUCGGAACCUAGAUAGCUGAAGGCAUAACUGAAAAUAAUUGGAUAAAGGAAAUUUGGAUGUUCAAAACUAGACUUGGAGGUGUUUACAGUUCUCAGAGGGUCAUAAGACUAUACAGUUACACAGGGAAACAUGAGACACAUGAAUGCCAGAAUAUGAUUUUUUUUGUAGUCAAGGUUUUGAACUCCCUUUGCUAAGCUUACAAUUAUGUGGCAGUUGUUUACAGUUUGGUCGGGAUUCUGGAAUCAAAGAUUGUAAUUUGACUCCAAGCUUCAAUUUUGGGACAUCGGUCAAAAAUAUACAUGACCGCACAUAAUGCAUGGAAUAUAUCCAUAUAUGCUAGUGACAUGCAUUGCCCAGGGCAUUAAUGCUGUGUUAAGCUUUACUGUAUUAGUUGACUUCCCAAGUAGGAACAUAUUUGAUCUCCUUUCUCCUUCUAGAAGUGCUUUUGAGUGCUCAACCUGGUGUUGCAUUCACUGGGUGUGUAAUAAUUGUACACAUCACUGGUAUGAACAGCGAGAGGAUUCUGUGCACACUUCUGCACACCAAAAUGGGCUCAAAUCUUUGCAUUCCUCAGAGAAGGGACAGCAGUACAAUUGUUAUGUAUUUAUUGCAUGUAGAUUGUACAUUUGAAAUUUGUGGACAAUAAUGGGCAAGUAGAAACAGAUCUGUCAGUACCUUCAUUUUAAAUAUAACUUUUCGCGGGUUCCAAUGAAAAUUUCUUCACUUGAUGACCUGGACCUUUCAGUCUCUCACCCAAAUGCUUUUCAUUUCCAGCACUUUUUUCCUUAGAUUUAGAAUUCUUUUUAAAUUACACACCUUACAAGAUAAAGAUUCUUUGAAUGGUAAAGGGUUAAUGCACAAAUUGACUAAAAUCACUAUGCAAAGUCUUAACCACAGCCGAGCCUAGCAAAUUGAACAGUAAUUUGUAAGUGCAAAGUACAUUGAUAAAGCCAACUUGAGACAAGGUCUUAAAUAGCAGGAAGUUAAUAAGUAACUUUUGUAAUACUGUACCUUAAGUAUUACAUGUGCAGUUUUUAUUUAUUUUGUACUGUAUUUAUUUAUUUUUGUACAUGCAGUACUGCAAGGAGCACUGUGGUUUAAUAAUGAAACAAUGGAAGUGCAAUACAGCCUUUCAGUAGCACUGGUCUUUCUCAUCAUUACACUGUUAUGGUAACUGUGUUUGCUCGAGCAGCGUUGUCACUAUCAGCUUGGUACCGAUAUGCUGGAGAAAAAUCAAAAAUUGCUUAUAACUGGCUACACAUUGCAGUUUUGGUCACACACUUUUUAAUUCCACACCUUUUUGCUUUAAUUUGUUACUUUACCAUGCAUCUGUUUUCACUAGCACCAGACAUGAAAACCGCCUGUAUUUCAUCCUCUCGUUUUUCAAAGCCUAGAAAUGUGAUUUCCACAUGAGCCAAGUUCAGAGGGACAAAAGCUCUGUCACUGUGUUGCCUGGGUGUUUCUUCAACUCAAAAGUUUGUCUAUCAAAUGUGAUCGCUAAAAAUCCUAGUGACAGCACUGCUCCUGUGUAUGUGAAACACUUUAUCGCAGGUUCUCGGCUUUUCUCCAAGAACUCUGCAAAAUGUUUUAAGAUUUGAAAAGUACCUUUUUGGUAAGAAAUCAUUUUUUAAAAACUAAGACGUGAAUUACACUCAAACAUUUAGUGUUUUAGGCUGUAUUUUGGAAUGAAGGUUUUAGCUCUGUAAAGGUGCUAGGGAUUUGAAACCUUUAAUUAUUUAAAAUUCCACAAAGUAGCUAAUUUUUUUUAAGCUUUACAAUUUAUAAUUUAUUGAAAUUCUGAGAGGGAGAGGCAUGCAUGGUUCAGCCCAGUGUCUAAUAUGCAGAGGAACUAUAAAUGUUUUUGUAGCAGAAGGGACACUGUUGAAUUAAUAACAAUGAAACCGAAAGAUGAAGAACCCAAAUUAGAAAGGAAUCAUGAAAUUAAAACUAUUAGAACUGAUCUAUUUUCUGAACAGCUGUUGGUGUUUUUGAAAAUAUAUUUGAUCUUUUCUUCCUAAUGUACAAACUAUCAAACAUUUGGAAGUCUAGUUGAUAUGAAAAAUGACUGCUAUUGCCUACAGACUCACUUCCCUUCUCAAGUCUUGAACAUGAAAAAAAUGAAUAUUGUAGAGAUUACUAUUAGUUCAAUCCCAACUAUUGGGAGUUUGUAUGAAAUUUCUGUUUUAAAUUAGUUAAUGCGCAUUAAAUAGCCCAGUGAGGAAUUUUGUAUGAUAAGCUAAUUGUCCAAAAAUAUAAUUUUGUAAUUUCUAUAUGUAUUCAUUAAGACCAGAAGUGAGAACUGUUAAAUAACACUCCCAUUUUAUUAUUAAGUUAUAAGCAAUUGCUUUUCGGCUUCGUUCCCAACUUGCACAACUAAUAGAGACCUGGUGACAAGCAAAAUAGGACUGGUGACCUUUUAUUGCCCGAAUUAUUUGAAUACUAUGACAUUGGGGAUCUUGAAAUUGUGGAAAAAUGUCCAAUUUCUCAUGGACAACAAACUUAAAAGGGACAGUAAUGAAUUCUGUUCAGGAAGAGGGCAGGACUCGAACGGUUGUGGUGGUCUGUUAGAGACCUCCAUGACCAGUAUUUGUGCUUCUUUUGUGAAGGAAUGUAGAUCAGCUUUGCAGAGAGAAAAAAAUUUCCAUCCUUUACUUAUUUGCAUUAAAAUACUUUAAAAUCCGAAAUGUAAAGAUUUUAUAGGUAUUUUUAUAAAAAACCAAAAAGGAGCUGAGCUAAUGGAGGAUCUUCCAUUGUGAUGUGUUAACUUGUGUGAACAAACUUAUUUAUUCCCUAAAAAUGUCACUUUACUUGGCUUAGGAUUAGCAGCUGAAUUGAUAUUUCAGGUUGGUUAGGGAGGAUCAGUUAGUCAAGUUAAUACUUUUGUUCUUCAGUCCUCUGAAGUUUCUCUGCAUAAACAACCUGGACCAAGCAAUAUGCAGCUGUACUGCCUUUAAAAAUUAAUUUAUUUUGGUUCCCUUUUCAGUUUUUUGGCAAAAAUUGAAAUCCAUUCAAAGGCACUAGAAAUCUGUAAAUAAGUUCAAUCUCACUCCAUUAUGAUUUUUUUUGCCUGUUUGUACAUAGAAAAAAAUGAAAGUUGGUAUUUAUUGCAAAACUGUUAAGAUAAUGUUAUGUAUUGAAUUGAUUUUUCUGUACAUCUCCCAUUUGCCUUUGAUAUGUAAAUAAUAUAUAUUCAGACUUCAGUAAUUUUGCAGAAUGGUACGAUGAUUUUUAAGAAAACACAUUUAGCUUAAUCUGUAAAAUAUGAUAAUGGAAUUAUGUGCUAUUCAUUUCAUCCAAGCUGUAUGAAGCCAUUUACAUCAUACUUUUAAAUAAUAAAAUUAUAUAUGCAAGAAA